UAUACGCGGUCCUUAGAAAAUCGUCUCUUUGAGUUAGAGGCACAAGCUGGAACACACGAACAAGUAUCGAAUCCACAUGUUCUAAGACCUGAAUCAAUUGAGAGCUCUACAGUCGCUUCAGGAAGAAGAAAUGAGACCAGGUCUCCCACACUAGAGCCUACUCAGCCAUCGGUCCUUCGUUUUCCUCCAAUGCGAGUAGAUAUUCAAACUCCGAUAACUAUUCAAGCAUCAUCGCCAAUCUUCCUCAAUACACCUGAUAUUCACAAGCAGAGAUACAGGGCUGGCUUUAGGUCAGAAUUCGAAGGCUCAGAAUCAACUGUGAAAGAAACGACGGUGAAAGAAAUACGAUUCUCAGAUCAAGAAGAACGGGAUUUAAUCCAAACCUACAUGGAACGAGUCAACCCUCGCUAUCCCUUCAUCUACGAAGAAAGCUUCCUGGAAUGGUACUCUUCCUGGAAAAAUUUAAAACAAUCUGGGGAUGACUUACCGGUUGGUGAGCAAUGGAAGUCAUUUUUCGUUCAGAUGGCGUUUGCAGUUAGCCUUCUCAUCGCUGCUCAAGUAUCGCCCGAAGAGAGAAACCUAUCCAAUACUUUAUACUCGAUUGCCCUUCUGUCUCUCAGCGCCGUGUUUGAGAGACCAGACCCAGUUCUUCAUGUUCAAGCUUACUUGAUGUGCACGAUACAUGCACUUCACUCUCCUUCUUCUCAAACCGUUCUGACAAUGAUAUCAACUACAAUGCGAUGUUGUGUCAUCUCUCAACUACAUCAUCGACCUGCGGAUGAGCUUCUGAUCCUCGAUGCUUCAACUCUGCUGCAAGUUCAAAUACGCCGCCGAGUCUUCUGGUCCGCCUAUUCAAUAGAUCGGUUAAUUAGUUGGAUCUACCAUGUUCCAUGCAGUGUUGUAGACGAAAACAUUCAAACUCAGCUAAUAGCUCAGCUCUUUGAUAACAUAAGUGACCAUGAAAUCCGAACCUGGGAGGUGCGACAGGCGGUUAUUGAAUCUACCCCUAGACAAACCAGUGUCUCUUCCGCCCUUCACCUGAUCCGUGUGAGAAGAAUACAGUCACGUAUACUUGCAAUCAUGAUGCGCGUCGAUUACAAUCGAGCAUUUGCAACACAUUAUGGCUGGAGGUUACACAUGCUGGAGGAGUUAGGUCAAUGGAGGAAUCAACUACAGCCUCACAGUGACCCUGAAGCUAGAGGUUAUACCAGCCAAGGAUGGGUUGGAAUGGCGUACAAUUAUACAAUCUUACUUUUACACCGACCGACCAAGGACAACGUUCGAGGGCUAGUUGGGGAAAAGUGCCUACAGGCCUGCGCAGAGAUUUUAUCUGUUUUCCGCCAGUAUCAGAAGGACCGCCAGACAGCCCAGCUUUGGCCAGGGCUUCUGAGUCAAUUUGGCAUCGGGAUUACCCUUCUCUAUUGCUUUUGGGCAACGCAUCCGUCCAGUCGAACCGAUAUAUACCGAUCUUCGGAGACACUCGCAGCAAUACAGACAUGUUCUGUCAUUCUUGCUGUGUUUGCAGAACAUUGGAGAGAGGCUGAGCCAUUGCGUGAUGUAUUCGACACACUCUCUGCAUCUAUUCCAUACCAUCCUCUUAUCUCCGCUGAGAGUGCGGAAAAUCGGAUAUCUAAGGAUGCAGCAGAUUCAAUCAUGCGGAAUAUGCCUCAGAUCGUCUCACUUGUCGUGAAUAACGAUAUUUGUAGAAUGAUCAACGAGAUGGUGACCCAGCACUAUCCGUGGAAGUUUUCCAGAUACAAUGAUAAGUUCCUCGUCUGGUCCUCGGAAAUACAUGUUCCUGAAACCUGUUCUCUCUGUCAAGACAUGGCCGGGACCAAAAGUGCUGCUUGGUCAGACGACCUUGACCUUCACGAGCCCAGUGUUCACGAUCACGAGUUUUUAGAUUUUCCCGGCUUGUUUGAAUUUUAA